AUGAGCUAUUAUAAGCUUAAACCCAACAAGUUUGACCUUGAAAAACUCAAAUCUUUGGUGGAAACAAUAAGAGUUGCUGCUAAUUAUGCAGAAGAUGCCGUUGAGGUGAAGAUUUUUCAAAUCAUCAAAGGCUCAAGUUGGACAUUUGGAAUUUUACAACACGAGCAUUUGCUACCAGUAUUUGAAACAAUGAAUACAACAAAGAAAGAAGUGAUGGAGAUUGUUUCUGACUUGAGCACUAGUAGUACUCAUGAUGCUGAUGAUUAUCAAACUCUUGAAUUGCCUAGGUAUUCUUUGAUUGGCACUUCUUAUACAAGUAAUCAAAUGCUGUCAUAUUUGGAAAAUGAUAUUGUGCAGGGAUUUGAUGACGAUUUGGAGAUCAUAGUUAAAAGAUUGACAGGACUACCAUCGGAUCUAGACAUUUUCACAAUAUUAGGCAUGGGCGGCUUUGGAGAAACAACACUUUCUAGAAAAACUUAUGAUCAUCUCGCAAGCAGGUAUCAUUUUGAUAUUCUUGCUUGGGCUACAAUAUCUCAAGAAUUUCGAAGUAGAAAUUUGUUAUCAGAUGCUUUACGUUGCAUUUUGAAGCACACAAAUAUUGUCAACAUGACAAUGAGUUGGCCGAUCUGGUAUAGAAAAAUCUAA